GCUAAGUCGCCCUUCCAAGCCAGCUCGCCUAUGGUCAACGCCAGCUCUCCUCUGAGUGGCGUUACCAAGGCCUCAUCUCGGCUCAACAAAUCGCUCAUGAAUCCUCCUCGCGCUCCGAGAAUGGGAGCAUUCACCUAGUCAUGAGUGUUGACUGGCUCCGUGAGCUUCGUCAUGAAACAUCUUGGAGAUCUGGUUUAUGGAAGAUUUGACGACAAUCUCUCGGGAGACUGUCGAAUGACCUUACGAUACCCACGGCCCUCUUUCCUGGUAAUAUCUUACGACUGUGUCGUUAAUACACAAUUGGUUAUGCAUUGCAUGGUCACCAAAAGUUUUCCUGGAGCGGACCACGCGGUCGGCCCAGCAAAAGUCGAUACGAUUGUUCAUGCACGGACUGUCGUCUCAAGGUUCUUUUUGAACAUACUUUCAUUUCGCUGCUACUUUGAUUCCCCCUUCCUUUUGUCCUACAGUUCUCCUCGUUACGAAUGCUUUGUCUUCUUAGAUUCUUUCCAGAACAAGCAUUCACGAACGAUGUGCGCGGAUUCUGUUCUUUUCGGAUCUGGGCGACACCCGCGACGCUUUCCAUGGCGUUGUCAGCGUUUUCUGGUUGGCGUGUAUCUUGACGGGUCUGGAUCGACAAGCCUCACGGCGCACACCACGGUUUAGUGCUUAUCCUGCAGCUUCUUGCAGGUGUUGGUUGUUGGGUCCGGGGUACCGGUUGGACAGGGGCAUUUUCGUUCCAGAUUCUGUCUUUUUCGUUUUUCUGAGAUGGCUAUGUGUAGGAGUAUUGAUGAAUUUCUCAUCCUCGCCCGUUAACAAUGAAACUUAAAACAUGAAAGGCCAUGCUACGCGGAUAAUGCAGUGAUGUAAGUGAGAGUUAUCAUCAAAGGUCGAGAGAAACGCGGGUCAGUAAGUCAAGCGAGACGCAGCGUAUCUGGGGCGAUCGUAUCUGCG